GGGAAAAUUUGCAGUGGUGAAGAAGUGUAUCCAGAAAGACACUGAAAGAGAAUUUGCAGCAAAAUUCAUGAGAAAAAGAAGAAAGGGCCAAGACUGUCGGAUGGAAAUAAUCCACGAAAUUGCAGUCCUUGAGCUGGCACAAUGCAACCUUUGGGUCAUUAACUUGCAUGAAGUUUAUGAAACUGCAACAGAGAUGAUUUUAGUCCUGGAAUAUGCUGCUGGAGGUGAAAUCUUUGACCAGUGUGUGGCCGAAAGAGAGGAAGCCUUCAAAGAAAAAGAUGUUAAACGACUUAUGAAGCAGAUCUUGGAAGGAGUUUCGUUCUUGCACAGAAACAACGUGGUUCAUCUUGACUUAAAGCCCCAAAAUAUUCUACUAACCAGUAAGUCUCCUCUGGGAGACAUUAAGAUAGUGGAUUUUGGCCUGUCCAGAAUAAUGAAGAGCAGUGAGGAACUAAGAGAAAUUAUGGGAACUCCAGAAUACGUAGCUCCUGAAAUUCUGAGUUAUGACCCAAUCAGUACAGCAACUGACAUGUGGAGCAUUGGAGUACUGGCAUAUGUUAUGCUAACAGGGAUAUCACCUUUCUUGGGAGAUGAUAAACAAGAAACGUUCUUAAAUAUAUCUCAAAUGAAUGUGAGUUACUCUGGAGAAGACUUUGACCUCAUAUCAGAGUCUGCUGUGGAUUUCAUCAAAACUCUGCUGGUUAAGAAACCCGAGGACCGGGCAACUGCUGAAGAAUGUCUUCAACAUCCAUGGUUGGAACAAAGCGAUAAUCCUGCUUGCAGGGCCUGGAAUAAGAGUACAGGAGGGGAGAACACUGAUAUUGCCCAGAAAGAUCCAGAUUCUCCCUCUGAAAAAUCCGUAGAUGCCGAGAAGGCUGAAGAGGAAGACUCAAUAGUGACAGAAGAACUAAUUGUAGUGGCUUCAUAUACGCUGGGACAAUGUAGGCAGUCAGAAAAAGAAAAAGUAACUGAGCAGAAAGCCAUUUCCAAACGAUUUAAAUUUGAGGAACCAUUACUGCAAGAAAUACCAGGAGAAUUCAUUUACUGAACUGUGUGGAGCUUCAUAGCUGUAACUGGAAGGCAGUGUUUUCUACUAAACAAAAAUAUCCUAGCCAAGUGAAUUUCUGAUACGCGAUAGAUGUUCUAGAUAAAAGAAAAUGUUGCUAAGUGGCAUCCAAGGAAAAUGUGCCAAGUUUUUAAUUUCAUGGAACAGAUAAACAAGAUUUCAAGUGGCUGACAGGAAUUUAACAAAGAUAAAAAGCUUAUUUUUGUUUAAUUUUUAUCUCUGUUUUUUUGUUGCUUGAUAGCAGAGUUUUUGUUAAUUUUGUUCUGGAGAAGCUGACAUUGGAAGUGUUUCAGUGACAGAUGUCAAGAGGAAUAUUUUAGGAUAUGUUUUGGCAUUUAAUGCAAAUAUGUAAUGCUGGAUUUUUCUCAAACACCUUUUAGCACUCCUGACUUCAGUGGAAUUAAGUACUAAUCCAAAAAUUGUAUGAGGAGAGAAUUUGAUCAACUGAUUUGACAACA